AUGGGCGAGGACGCCGCGAGGCUAGCAGCGAGGCUCGUUUGCUUCGGAUUCGACGGCUACACGCCCGAUGCACACGCCCGAGAGAUGAUCGCAAAGGGUUGCGGGGCGGUCAUCAUCUUCGACCGAAACAUCAAGUCGCCCACGCAGGUGGCGACGCUGUGCGCGGACCUCAAGAGGCUCGCGGCGCCCAGGCCGCUGCUCGUCAUGAUCGACCAGGAGGGCGGACGCGUGAGGCGGUUCAGGCCGCCACAAUUCUCGGACAUCCCGGCCGCCGCGGCCAUCGGGAGCGAGCUGCGCGCGUGCCACGUCGACAUGACGCUCGCCCCGGUCCUCGACGUCAACACCAACCCGAACAACGCCGUCAUCGGCGACAGGAGCUACGGGUCCGACGCGCGGGUCGCGUCCGCGUGCGGCGCGGCGUUCAUCGACGCGCUGCAGGCGGGGGGCGUCGCCGGGUGCGCCAAGCACUGGCCGGGCCACGGCGACACCGAGGAGGACAGCCACGACGCGUUGCCCGCGUCGAAGCACGGGUUGGAUCGGUUGGAAUCGGUCGAGAUGGCGCCGUUUCGCGCGGCGAUUUCGGCCAACGUCGCGUCCGCGCUGGUGGCGCACCUGCUCGUCCCCGCGAUGGAGCCCGAGGCGCACCGGCCGGCGUCGUGCAGCGAACGGUGCGUGACGCACCUUCGAAAGAACCUGAGGUUCGGGGACGGCGUCGUGAUGACGGACGACAUGGAGAUGGGGGCGCUGCGGGGGAUACCGUGGCCGGCUCGCGAGGGCGAAGGCGGGCCGUUCGAGUCUGGGGCGGUGCCGAGAGCCGCGACGGAGGGGCUUCGCGCGGGGAUAGACCUGUUCCUCGCGUGUCACACCAGGCGGCUGCAGCUGGACGUCAUCGAAGCGCUGACGAUUGCCAUAGAGCGCGACGAGUCCGCCGCCGCCAAGGCGAGGAAGGCUCGUCGAAGGCUCGACGCCCUGUGCGCGGCGUACGUGUCCGCGGCUCCGCCCGGGGAAUUCGGCACGCCCGGACCGACGACGUCGGUGGACGCGGUGAAAGGCACGGCGACGGUGGCGUCGGCGAUGGGCGAACCCCGGGGGAGGUUGUGA